AUGAAACUCAGGUCUGCAACACGCCGCGCCACCGCGGCCCCGGCUACUGUCAUCGACCAUCAGUUUUUUCCACACAUCAUCGACCAGAUUUGGACUUAUCUGUCUGUCGACGACCUGCAGCCUCUUCGAACCGUCUGCAAGGAUUGGAGGAUUCGAGCGGACCUCAAACUCUCAAAUCACCUCGUGAUCGAGAGAAAGGAUACGACGUACGAUGUCCGCGCGACUGUCAAUGCAUCGACCCCGACCUCAACGGUUAAGACCGCGCCGAAGAAGAGGAGAGGGACUAUGCCAUCUUCCUCCCUUGUGGUCGACUUUUCUGGGAACCGAUCAUUGACAUUGUGGCAUACCGACCUGACACACGAAAAUGAAUCAUCGUGGUACCUUGAUCUUGGCUUCGACCAAAUCUUUUGGCUCAAACAUGGUGGCGUUGAGCACAGCGUCAUGACCUUUGACCUCAACGACGAUGCCCUCUAUGACCCUUUCGAGUCUUUGGAGGUCGUGGUUAACUUCGAGUGCUCCGCCAGUCCGGCGUCGGGAAUGGCGUCGAUGCAGCUAGAUAUCCCGGCUUGGCUGGAGGACGAGAGCCGGGGAAGUCUCACCUUCAUUUUCCACGACAACAGGACUGAGAAGGAGAAGCCUCCUCCAGCCAACCCUGACUUCAUCGUUGAUCUCUUGCAAAGUUAUCCCGCCGCAGGAACCUCUAUCAAUCUCGUCGGCUUGGAAAACUUCAUUAGAGGAACUCGGACAAUGGAGAUGUUCAAGCAGUCCGUCUUUCGCGGGUUUGUAAACCAUCGAGCCGAGCUCGUGUCUGGGGACCCGGAGGAUUAUGAAGACGUGUGCGGAGAGGACUGGAAGCUGGUGUGUUUCCUCACCAUGCAGGAGUAUGAAGAGGAGGUGGGCCAUGAGAGGUUCAUCGUACACACGGUGAAGUAA